CUCCGGUGUGAGACAGUGUUGUGACUGUGAGUCAGUUCCCUGACGUUCAGUCGUCAGACGACAGUUUACACAAGUUUUUGAGGAAAAACAGGCAAAGUUAUACUCUUAGGAGUAUUUUGGAAGUUCUAUUUUACUUUUUGGCGUGUAAAUACUUCGGAAAGUCGCCAUGAAUCGUCUGUUCGGCCGCGGGAAACCCAAAGAACCCCCACCCAACCUUACCGAGUGCAUCUCAAACGUGGACAGUCGAGGAGAGUCGAUAGAGAAGAAGAUCUCCAAACUUGACCUUGAGCUGAAGAAGUAUCGAGACCAGAUGAAGAAGAUGCGAGACGGACCUUCUAAGAACAUGGUGAAACAGAAAGCUCUGAGAGUUCUCAAGCAGAAGAAGACCUAUGAGAACCAGCUGGACAACCUGAGGUCCCAGUCCUUUAACAUGGAACAGGCCAACUUCACCACACAGAUGCUCAAGGACACAAAAACUACGGUUGAUGCCAUGAAGGUGGGAGUGAAAGAAAUGAAGAAGGAAUACAAGAAGGUCAACAUUGAUGAGAUAGAGGACCUGCAGGACCAGAUGGAGGACAUGAUGGAGCAGGCCAAUGAGAUCCAGGAUGUGAUGGGCAGGAGCUACGGGAUGCCGGAGAUCGAUGAGGACGAACUCGAGGCUGAGUUAGAGGCCCUGGGAGAUGAGAUGUUUUUAGAUGAGGAUGAAGGUUAUCUGGACGAGGCUGUCGGUGCUCCGUCUGUUCCCUCUGACAGCAUCAGGGACGGAGGAAAACCCAACCAGGAAGGAGUUCUGGUGGAUGAGUUUGGACUUCCUCAGAUUCCCCAGUCAUCAUGAGCCCCCCCGUCAAUCAUCUGUCAAUCAACCUGUCAAUCAUCCCCAUCACCUGUCAAUCAUUGGACAUUUUCAACAUUUAGGCCAGAUCAAUAUAUUUCCUUGGUUUUUGGACAUUUUAUUUUGUGAAAAUACACUGACAGUGGAUAUCAGUAUAAUCUCCAAGCAGAUCAUACGGUAGCAAGGCAGUAUCCAUUGGUCAGAGGAGUGUCAGUUAGCCACUGGA